CCGGGUCCUAAAGUACUCGGACCAACGUAAAAACACCAUUUUUGGGGUUCUCUCAUCAUGACAUAUCCGCACACAAAACAUCCAUUUGCAUGAUUAUCCGGGCUUAUUAGUAAAUGUUUCAUUUGUUUUACAUUUUUUUUCAAAUUAAUCGUUCCUCUUUUUUUUAUUAUUGUCUCAUUAAAUAUGUAUUUGUGGCCAUUUAUUCCCUUCUUCUCUUCACUUUAAUUUCCUCCACUUUUAAAUUAAUCGGAUUUAUUUGCCCCCCUUUUUUUAAAUUUGAGGUCAGUUCUCUUCACUUAAAUAGCCAUACAUUUAUUUUUGACAAAAGAGGAGAUUUUUAAAGACUUGCGCUGAUCAAUAAAUAAUUGGCCUUAUUAUUAAAUUAAAAUGUCUAUUAAUAUUUUUUAUAAAAUUUCCUUUUUAAUUAAUUUCUUUAUUUAUUUUAUUGCUACAAUAAUUUGUCAUUUUUCAUUUUCUUUUAAAUUGCCAUUACCUACUCUUGUUCCAAUACGUUAUGACCUUCAAUUUCAACUUCCAACAGCCUCAGACAAAGACCCUUUAGUUCCAACAUUUGUUGGUACAGCAAAACUAGAAUUUCAAUUAACUAGACAAAUACCCCCAUACGAAUCUAAACAGCAAUAUUUAAAUAAUAAUGAAAUAAUUAAAUUAACAUUUCUUUCACAAAAAUUAGAUCAAUUCGAAAAUAUUACUUUAAUUCGUUAUGGGGAAGAUGAAGAAGAAAUUAAUUUUAAUGUUGAUGUUGAAUUACGCCCUCCAUGGGAAAUUGACUUUUUAGUUAAGGAAGAAGGAAGGGAAAAUAAAAAACUUUUAACUGGCCGUUAUAUAUUAAAUAUUGGAAGAUUUGAAGGUAUAAUAACUUACAAUAAAGGUUUAUUCUAUAGAGAUGCUGGAGGAUUACCUUUAUUAGCUAGUAAUUUUUUCUUUGAAUUUUCGCCUUCUUUGUUUCCACAAUUGGGUGGCCCUUUACAGAAAACUACAACUAAAACAUUAAUACAAACACAGCCACCUUUAUUUAUUUGGACAAAUCGUUUAUUACAUACAGCAAUCUUGAAACGAGAAUUGGCAAAAAUAUCUGGCCCUGUAUUUGAAGCAAUAUCUUCUUUAUUAGGAAAUGAACGUUUACCUUUAAAUGCUUUAAAUUUAUUAAUUAUUGAUGAUUUUAAUAAUUCUACACAUUCUUUUGGAUUAAUAACAAUUUCUUUAAUUCAAUGGGAGGCUGCUGAUCAGGCUCAUAAAAUUGCUUUAUUAGCUAGACAAUUUGCUAGGCAAUGGUUGGGGGGAAUGACUACAGUAGCAAAUGCAGGAAUUUUUUGUUUACAAGAAGAUAUAGUUGAAUGGUUAACACAUAAAAUCAAAACUCAUUGUUCACUUAAAGGCGUUUUAUUUUUAAAUUCAAUAGAACGUUUAACCAAUAAAAGUGAAUUAACAAUGCUUGGAAUUAUUAAACGUUUAUUAGUCCAACAACGUUAUAGACAUUUUAGAUUAGAACAUUUAGAUGAAUUAUUGAGACCUUUAUUAAUUGAUAGUAUUGAUAUUGGACAGGUUUUUACUUUUUGGUUUAAAAGUGGAGGUAUACCAAAUUUAUUAGUGGAAAAAUCUUCAAAUAAAAAUAACAAUCGUUUACGGCUUGUUCAAUUAAAUAAUGGCAGACAAUCCCAACAAUUAUUAAAUGGAAUACAACAUUGGGCUAAAAUGCCUUUAUGGCCUUUACCUAUUGAUAUACAAAAUGUUUCUUUACCUUUUAAAUUUAUGUUAUCACAAGUUCUUGAAUUAGCGCCACUUGAUAGAAAAUUGUUGCCUUUAACAAAUCUUGGAUUUGUUAAUUAUGACUUAAAAAGUUGGGAACGUAUAGUUCACGAACUUGGAGAUACUUCUACUUUAAAUGUAUUAAAUGCAAAGUCUCGUGCACAAUUACUUGGAGAUUUUUGUUAUUUUAAUGCUUUUGAUGGUUUUAAAUUAUUUAUUUUUUAA